GUAACGAUGUGGUAAUGUAUAGUCCACCCAUGAACCCAGAUAACUACUCUUUCUGCAUUGCCCACCUCUAUAGCCUCUCUAACUGUGUGGUUAAACUCAUGCUUGAAGAUGGAGACAUUGAGAGAUCAUUUCCCUACAAAGAAUGGCCAGCAGAGCAUGACAUCAUCAAUUUGCCAUACACCAAGGCAGUAUUACUCCUAGGAAGAAGUGGGACAGGAAAGACCACUUGCUGCUUAUAUCGAAUGUGGAAUGAAUACGUAACUUACUGGAGAAAGUUUCCCAGCAGGGCAGAAGAACUAUCUCAACCAGAAAUGAAAAUUGGGAGAGAGGAUGGAGCUAACUCCCCACAACCCCAUUUAUUGCAAGGCGAUGAUGUUUGUUCCCCUGUUGUCAACAGUGAAAGCUCUGAAGACUGCACACAUCCCGAAUCAGAUUGUCCAUUACAUCAGGUUUUUGUCACCAAGAACUAUGUCUUGUGCAGCAGAUUGCGAAAACAAUUUUCCAAGUUUUCAGAUUCAGAAGAAAUUGCUAAACACCACACUAAAAAAAAGCUAGAAGGUUUGCCCAACGACGUAACAGAUAUACAUGACUUAUCUUACCCAUUAUUCCUCACUGCACGACAGUUUUACAUUUUGCUUGAUUAUUCACUGAAGGACGAUAAGUACUUUUUCAAGAGAGACGAAGAAGGAAAUAUGAUUGAAAGAAUAGUGAGCACUGACUAUGACCAUGAAGAUACAUUGUCAGAUACACUGUUUGACCUAGAGGAUGACGUGGAUGAAGAGCCUGUCAUGCUAUAUCCAACCAGUCAUAAAACGACUUUUAUGAGAGAAAGAAGGGAGGUGACUGCCUCAUAUUUCAACAGCCACAUUUGGCCAAAAAUAAAAGGAGUCAAUGAUACAAUGUCAUCUCUGCUUGUAUGGAUGGAAAUUAAAUCCUAUAUUAAGGGUUCCCUUAAGGCAAUUGAGUCCGAAAAUGGUCAUCUUGAUGGAAAGAGUAUAACGAGCUUGGUAGAAAGGUGGCUCCCAACUUCACUGGUAACAGAGAAAGAGUAUACGAAUUGUUUAAAUCCUACAAGGCGUAUGUUCAAAAUCACCCAAAUGAAUGUCUCUUUGAUGAAUGUGACCUCAUUCAUCAUGUGUUCAAGAGACUACCGAAGAUAGAUAAACUAAAAUGGGUGGUACAUAGCCUAUAUAUUGAUGAGGUCCAAGAUUUCACUCAGGGAGAACUCUGGCUUAUGCUUUGCAAUUGCAGAGACCCAAACCGCUUCUUUCUCACUGGAGAUACCGCACAGAGCAUAAUGAGUGGCAUUGCUUUUCGCUUUGAAGACGUUAAAUCCCUCUUUUACCAUCGAAAAGUAAAAGUGCCAGAAGUACAGCAUCUAACUAUAAAUUUUAGGGCCCACUCAGGUAUCCUAAGACUUGCGUCAAGUGUUACAGAUUUGCUGGAAGAGUACUUCCCUUAUUCGUUUGAUCAUGACCAUACACUACAAGAGCAAGGUUUAGUAAGCGGGCCAAAGCCUGUUUUGUUACAUACAUGUUCACCUACUGAACUUGCUGUGGCCCUAGCUGGAAAAAAGCAGACAGGGACAAUGAUUGACUUUGGGGCUCACCAAGCAAUACUAGUUCGAACCCAAGAAGCAAAGGAGAACCUCCCAAGAGAGCUCAAAGCUGCCAUUGCUCUAACCAUCUUUGAAUCAAAAGGAUUGGAGUUUGAUGAUGUAUUACUAUACAAUUUUUUUACAGAUUCAAAGCUCAAAGAAGAAUGGCGCGUUAUAGUCCCUAAAAGUGCUGAAGUUGACUGCGAAAAGCCUCACUACCUCGUGUUUCAAGAGGAAAAGCACAAACUCCUCUGUUCAGAGCUCAAACACCUGUACACAGCCAUCACCAGAGCCAAGGCCAGGCUCUGGCUAUAUGAAUCGAGUGACGACCACCGACCUGCCACGUGGUACUGGAAGAAAAACAGUCUUGUGGAGGAAUUGAUGGUGGACCAAAUCUUUGAAACCGGUGACCCAGAAUCAAGGUCAUCUCCAGAAGACUGGAGGGAAAGGGGAGACGAAUUUAUGCAGCACAAGCUGUGGGAUGUAGCUACAAAGUGUUUUGAGAAAGCCAUGUGCCCACAAAAAGUAAGAGAAUGCGAGGCACUGAGGUUUUAUCACGAUGCCAGAAACUCCAAAGACAAAGCAGAAAAACGGCAGAGAUACUUAGCAGCUGCUACUGCAUUCCUCAAUUGUGAUAGAAUUGAGCACGCACCAGGAUUACUUCAUCAUGCGGCAAAAUGUCUUUAUAAUGGAAAGCGAUAUGAAGAUGCAGGGUGGCUCUACGGAAAAAUGAAAAAGUUUGAUGAUGCCAUUAAAUGCUGCAUGCAUUCAAAGAAAUUCGAAGACGUUUUUGCAAUAAUGGAGAGGCAAGAAAGGUAUGGAGAAGCUGUCUCUGUUGCAUUUUGUUUUGAAAAAUUUAGGGCCCUGCAACUUGCAAGUAAGUACAUUGGUCAAAAGUGUGUCUUGCGCAGUGAUAUUGACAAGUCUCUAAUCAAAUAUGGGAAGCAACAAGUUAUGAUACACUUGGCAAAGGGUCCAAAAGGGAAAGAAAGAUUACUGACCAUUAUAAAUGUCAUUUCUCCAGAACUACAAGUCAAAUACCUUGAACAAGUGGGAGCCUACGACAAGGCUGUUGUGGUGCUAAAAGAGCUUGGGAAAGUGGAUAAUGCAUAUGAGCUAAUGCUAAAACAUGCCAUGUACAAAGAGGCAUUCGAUCUAGCCAAACAGGGAAAUAAUGUCAAGAAACAGCAGAAGGUUAUACUUUCUGCGGCCAAGUUCAAACUGAGUUCCUGUCCCACUCCCCACACUGAAUUACCUAAUCUUCAACUGGAACUGGAGAGUAUGUGCCAGAGUGAUAAAGUUGCCCCUACUGCUAUAGGAAUAGCUAAUCUUCUCCACUGUAAGAUAACUGGAGACAUUUCAUACUGCCAUGCGGCCUUGAAGCUCUUCCGAGAAGAUAAAUAUACACUGGGUGCAUGUGAGGCACUUGUUCUUCUUUUCCCUAAAGUAGAGAAGGAUAUGCAAUUGGUAGAAACAAUACUCAAUGUGUGUAUUGAAAUCAAUAACAUAUGUUUAUACCUAACGGAGAAAGAAAGAAAUACAGCAUUCGUUUCCCACAUCAUGGAACAAGUUGAAGAACUCUAUAGUGUCGUCAAGGAAAGGGACCAGUAUGUUUUCCAGCUCCAUCAAGAUGUUUGGAGUAUUAUGGAGCCAUGGCAAGAAGGCAACCCCACAGAACUGCACCAACGUGCUCAUGAACUUGGUAGAGCUGUUUCAGAUCAUCUUAAAUUAAACGUUAAGUUGCUAAAAGGCAACAAGGAAUGCUGGAAUGUAAUUCAAAAUGAAAUGGUACGAUAUACGUUUCAUCACAACUUUACAGAACGCCCCUUUGCUAAUAAUGACCCAUUAAAGCUGUUGAAUUACAUAAAGGCAUACUCAAUGGGUCUAGAAAUCAUUUGCCACAACAAUGAAUGUGGUAGCCUUGAAGAAUGGAAAAGGCAUUUUUACAAUCUCAUAAGGUACAAUGGUCUGACUCUGAACAUGAAGCAUUAUGAUGUUAUAAAGCGUUUUCCAAGUGCCCUAAAAAUCCUUGAAGAUCGACUAGAUAAAUUUCUAAGAGCACCUGUAGAUGGUCUUAGCUUGGAUGACUGGAUGGAAGCGUGGAUUCUUUCACAAUCUUUAAAACAAAAUGACUUUGCAGUGUCCCGGCGAGUGCGACCUGUUCGCGUUCAUAAGCUGAGUGCCUCUGAGAUUCAUUUUUAUGUACCAAGUUCUGAUAUUGAUGGAAUAAAACACAAGGUGCCCCAUUUUGGUCAGUGGAUUACGUUCUGUCAGCUGCUUAGGGAAGGAUCUAAGGCACGUAUUGCUGUUAAAAUGCUAAUGAUGUACAUUGAAGUAAUUGCAAGGAGAAUAAGUCUGAAUCGAAAUAUAGUUUGUGUCACGAAUGUGGUUACAAUGCUCAGCAUUUGUGCUAUGAUGUACUAUGCUUUUCACAUCCUCAGUUCACCGCAACAAGCAACAGUUAUUAUUCCCCAGAUGCUUAUUGACACAAUGACAUAUUUUGAUCAGAAAAACUGCUUCAAAGAGACAGAUUCCGCACUCUUUCAGUCAUGCUUUGACACGUUCAAGAUAAUUGCCAAUAAUCGUAACCCUGUGCAUGUUAUAACAUUGAGAGCUGAUGCACAAAAAGGAAUGGAACGUGUUUUCCAGGUGUUCACUGGACUUUAUCGUAAUGGGUUUAAUGUCCUUUAUCAAGCUGUUAAAAAUGAAGAACACAACAAUGUCGUCACUUGCUUGACUUUAGGACUGACACUGUUGGGUAACUUGGCAAUUUCCAGCCGUCACAAACCAUCAGAUUUGGUAGUAUACCAGAAAAGGAUACAAAGAUCCCUCCAGCCUCUGACGGAACGGACUGAUCACCACCUCAAGGGUAUUUGUGAGGCUUUACAAUGUUGCACAAGUGCUAAAGAUAUUUUCGAUAUAGUAGAAAGGCUAAAUGUGCAAUACUACAGGGGUGAGAAACGAAAUUACCUAUUCAACCUUCAAAUUCUUCAAACAAAGAUGAAUCUCAUGCCAUGUCCACUUCCAAGAGUGCCAAUAAGGUCCGUAAUUCCUCUGAUAACAAACACAGGAGACCCUCAUUUAGCAGUAGAGAAAGAAGAUACUGAGAAGCUAACAGCAAUAGACUCUCCGAGUACUGUUAAAAGUGAUGAUAAAGUUGAACCAGAAACUGACCUAGAAAAGCAAGUAAGCAAUGAAGAGGAAUUUGAUGAAGACAUUAUGAGAGCUCUUACCCUUCAAGACAAACAAACAGUAGAGAUGGUACAGCAACAAGUAUCCAUUGAUGACACACUGGUGGAUGAUGAUUUUUGUAGAGUCUGCAAGACGACAUUAGAAAGAGUGGGUGGAAAAACUGUCCGCUUGAAACACAUUGAGAAUAGAGACCACAAGUCAAAGAUGGAUGAAUACACAAAUUUUACUAAUCUAUCAGAAAAAAAUUUCCAAACAAAUUGAGAAAUGGGAAAGCGAGAUCAAGUACAUAAAUAUCUUGCCUCAAGUGAGUGAACGUGAAAAUGUGUUAAUUGUUAAAGUGCAGGAUCAUAUCCGGCAAAUUGGAAGCCUUGUCCACAAUACCAAGAAAGAAGCGAAAUGGAGAGAGGGAGAGGAGAAGCUUAAAAGUCUUGAAAGUGUGAAUAUAUCAAUAUCUAAGGAGUUACAAGAGAGCAUAGAAACAAUAGAAAGCAUGCAGCAAACUGGGCCAGCAGACGCCACAGAAUCGGAUGAUGAAGAGAAACAAAAAAUGUGGCCAACCGACAUUGCUCCUGAUGAGAACAGUGACGAGGAAGUACUUUCUGGGGUUGAAGAUGAAAUAAGUCUAAGACAGGCCAAAAAGAAAAAUUAAAAUAGAGAAGAAAAGUAGAGU